CCCCCCCCCCCAACUAUUUGAGAUUGUCCAAGAGAUCCUCUACUUCAGACAGCGCGGACUACUACCCCUUCUGCCGCAUUAAUUUCAACCAUGCCUACCAAAGUUCGCAAUGGCGAAGAGCCUCCUUUAGACACAUGGAAAAAUUUCUGGGCUUCGACGAGAGAGCUUCAGAAAUUCUCAGAGUACUUUUCAAGGCUCGAGGCAAGCCUGGAUGAACUGUCCCGUGCCCGCCUAGAGCUCAAAUCCAAGUCAGAUGAGCUGGACAAAGCAAAGCAAGCUAAGGAUAGUUUAUUCAUCCAGUUCGAAUCUCGCUACAGCGCGUGGAAUAUUGAGCGCAAUAGACUUGACGCCGAGCUCAAACAGUCGCAGCUUAAUGCAGAAGAGGUCAAUAGGAAACAGUUGCAAGAUUUACGUCGCCAGAUUGAAGCAACCACAAGGACUUUGACCUUGACCGAGCAAAGGCUUGACGAGACAUCAACUUUACUUGAAAGUAAAGACGAAGCGCUACAUGCGAUCCAACAGCAACUGAAAGAUGUUUUGGAAAGAGUGGGCGGAGAGGAAGUGGACGAAUUCAUUCGACAAGAGUUCAAUAUACUAUUCGAAGAUCUUGAUCGAAUUACGAAAUUUUACUUUUCUCGUGACCUGCCACCGGGGCUAGAGCCUGACGAAAUCUUCAAAAUGCUUCAGCAGAGCGGAUUCCAAAAUCGGUGUACGAUUCCGAUAUCGAAUUCUGUUCCCUCUCAAUUUUUGCGCAUGUACCGAGCUCAGGGCUUCCUAGUGGAUUGUCUCCAGAACGAAAUUUUCCAAGAGCCCAACGUGGUACGGAGCGGUCGUUUCCCAAAAGAUGCUCUUGAGAGACUCAAAGAACUGCCCCAUGAAGAGGCUGUGAUGCGAACACUCAUUCAGAAGAUUUAUUCAUCAGACGAAAAGGAGCAUCGCGGCAAGGUCAUUUGUGCCAAGGCUCGAGAGCUUGGAGAUGUUAUGAGCCCCCUUCUUACUUCGACUGAUCGAGCACAGUUUGAGGAAGAAGUCAUUGCUUUCUUGGAGACAGCUGCAUUGGCAUGGGACAAAUCGCAACGGAAAUCUGGCAGGAUUUGCACAACUAUCAAUACCGACAUCGGUGAAUGGGAUGUUUCGCCAAUGCCGCCAAUAUCAGACACCAACAGCGAACUUGGCAGUCCUCCUGAAGAAGAUUCAAAAUGGGUACUUGUGCCUUACAUUUACGUGGGCGGACAAGCCCCAUUGAGUCUAAUUCGGGGAAUUGCUGUCUGGGGUGAUGAAGAUAUGGUGCUUGCCGGUCAACGGGAAGCAGAAGAACAGACACGGCGGACCCGCCCCGCCCUAAGCGCCAGGCUGAACAACAGGAGUACGCGGCGGAGAAAUAGUGUCAGUAGCCCCUCUAGAGUAGCUUCCUUGCACAGAGUCGUGGGAAGUAUUGGAAGCUCACCACCUGGACACGGUUCGCCACACAGAUCCUUCUCUCAGAGGGUGAACUCGCGGGGAAUGGAAGAGAAAAGCCUCCCCGAAGCAGCCGUAGCAUCUUCUUGAAAUGCCUCUCUCGUCCGUUCGCGGUUUGCUUUUGCAAAGGGUAGCUGAGAAGGAUAUUUCCGCAGGUGCGAUCUUUUGUGUUAUUUUCGGGCUUCAGUUGCGUGUU